AAAAAAUUUAUAUCAACUUUUUAGUUAAAAUUAUUAUAAAAUCUAUGCUCUAAUAAAUAUUUGUUUGAGAGUGAGAGAAAAUGAAUGAGAAAAAGAGGGGGGAUUAUAUUAAGUAGAACUGUAAAUAAAUUACAUAAAAUGUGCAGCAAAUUAAAAAGAUUAAAAGUGACAUUUUAAUAAGAAAUCUAUGUAAAAUGGCAAGGAAAAAAAACAUUGAAUUGUUAAGAAUAUAAGAGCAGGAAGAGUACUUCUUGAAGGAAGUUUAUUUAAAAAGGUAUAAGGAAACAUGACAGAUGUUAAACCAAUUGGAAUUUCUCAAAAUCAGCCACAACAAACACAACAACAGUCACAGCAGCAGCAACAGACACAGCAACAACAGCAACAGCAGCAACCACAACAACAACAAUCUCAACCACAGCAAAUGAUGAUUGCAACCCAUGAUAUUCAACAACAGCAAAAUGUACAGCAGCAACAGCAGCAUGUUCAGCAACAACAAUCUCAGCCACAACAAGUACAGCAGCAAGCGCAACAACAAGUACAAUCUCAACAAGUUCAACCACAACAACAAAUUCAACAGCAAGUGCAAUCACAGCAGCAAAUGCAAGUGCAGCAGCAGGUACAGCAACAAGUGCAACAGCAAGUACAACAACAGCAACAGCAACAGCAACCUCAACAACAACAAUCUAAUAGUGGACCACAUAACGUUGUUCCUACUCAAGUGCAGGUACAGCCACAGGUAGCAGCAAUUAUGCCCCAGCAACAGGGUGCUGUUGCAGUGUCAAUGCAGCAUCAGCAACAGGGUGUUGGAGGUGUAUCUAUGACUUUAUCUGGUCAACAAGGAGGAACGACUAUAACUACUAUGGCUGCGCAUCCACAAGCAGUACAAGUUAUUCAACAACCUAUGCAGAACCAAGCAUAUCAUUUGCAACAACUUUAUAACACCCAAGGAACGCCACUAUUGAUGCCAGGAAAUUUAGCUCUCCAUCCUGCAGGCAUCAAUCCUUCGUCCAUACAGGUCAUAACAGCUGGAAAGCCAUUUCAAUCUGCUGCUCAAUUAACACCUCAUAUGCUAACGACAGCAUCGACACCAGGUCAAGGAGGUGGUCAUCCUGCAGCUGGAGGAACUAAAGUUCAAGGGUUCCCUACAGGUUACUUACCAGUACCUACUUCAGCUACACCUGGUGCAGGACAAACUCUGGUAUUUGGUCAACUUGGUGUACUGGGUUCUCCACAACCACCUCCAUCUAUACAACAACAACAGCAGCAGCAGUCUGCAAACAAACAAGAUCAAGUACAAAAGUAUACUACGUGUACAGCGGCUACUCCGUCCGGCGGACGAGGUGGUAUGCAAUUUGCUCCUUGGCAAUUUACACCACAAGUUGCUUGGACUGGAAUACAACCACCGGCGCUUCUAACUAAUCAAAUAUUCAUUAGAGGUCCUACUCAACCUGAUAUGUUUAUACAAAGUCCACAACCAAUCCAAGCUCAUAAUGCACUAGCUACGCAACAACAAAUUCAGGGAGUACAACAAAUUGCUGCAGCUAGUGGAAAACCAAAGGUAAUGGAUAUACAACAACAACAACAGCAACAAAGUAAGCAAAGUUCAGGUGGACAACGACCUUUGAGUAUUUUACCGUCCUCUUUACAAGCAGUACAAGCUGCUAACAUACGAGCUGCCAGUUCUGUUUCAACGCAAACUGUUCAUGGAGUACAAACUACGGUACAUGUACAGAGUGGCAAAGGAAGCGGUAGUAGCGGUAAAGGCCGUGGUAAGCCAUUGCAAUCGCCGCAACAACCGCAACAGCAGUCACAGCAAACGAUGCAACAACAACAUCAACAGGUUUUUAUUCAACAGAAACAGCAUACGCAGCAGCAACAGCAGAUGCAGCAACAGUAUCAACAGCCGCAAGUGCAGCCAUCGCCACAGCAAAUACAACCAAAACCAAUAAUGACAAAUAUGGCUCUGCAACAACAACAACAACCAGGUGUAGUCCUUAGUGGGGAACGUCCUAUUAUGCCUGUAGUUUCGGUGAGCGGAGUUGGUGUUGCUACAUCUCAAAUGAGUCAAGUACAACAAUCUCCCAUGUCUGCUGUACAACAAUUACCAUUACAAGCAAUCAAUUCGACAAUAAUUGGUAGUCAAAUAGUUAGUGGAACAACACAGGUUCAAACGAUGUCUAUGAUAAAUCAGUCGACGGAUCAACAAACACAUGAUAAUAAUAAUUCCGCAAUAAUGAUUGCAUCACCCGAUCGUAAUCACCAAGCUGAAUGUUCUUUAGCAUUACCAUCUGCUGCAAAUACUCCUACAGCAAAUGAAGAGAAUUCUAAAUCAAUAUUGAAAAAGGACGAUCCAAUUCCAAUAGAAGAAGUGACCGUAUCUCAGCCAGAAACGACAGAUGGGGACCAAUCUAAGAUAACUUUAAAAGAUGAAGAAAAUUUGUCGGUAAAGUUAGAAGAAAAAUCAUGUAGUAAUCCUUUAGCAGGAUUAGCAAAUACGAUUAAUUCUAUUACGAAUGGUAUCAACAAUGAAGACUCAGCGGCAAUUCCUGCUUCUGUAUCAGUUAGCGCAAAUAGUAAACAUGUACCACCAAAGGCAAUGGUCAAACCACAAGUUCUUACACAUGUAAUUGAAGGCUUUGUUAUUCAAGAAGCUUCUGAACCAUUCGCUGUUAAUCGAACGUCAUUGAAUAAUACAGUUAAUCAAGAAGCAGGUAAUAUUUUAAACCGCAGUACUAAUUCAUCAUCUGAAAGAGAUAGUCAUGAAGAACCUCCAAGGAAAAAACAUGCACCCAAUUAUCCAAAUGACGAAGAUGUAAAUAAUGUUCAAAUGGGGAAAUGCGAAGCUUGUGGUAAUUUGGUAGAUGAACAAAAUACUAAAUUCAAAAAAGAGAAACGGUUCUGUUCCUCUAGUUGUGCAAAAAGCAAAAAGCGGGAAGCAAGAGAUCGUGACGGUACUGAAAAACAAUGGACUGAGAUAGAGACUGAAUCAAAAACCGAUGGAGAUAUAAAAAAGAACGGAGAAGAAAAGUCAUUAUCUAGUACAACUACUAGUUCUUCCGUUGAUGAAACACUGCCGAAAGUUAAUCCUGUGAAGUGGACGGUUGGAGAAGUAUGCGAUUUUAUACGCGGAUUACCAGGGUGUGCUGAUUACGCGGAAGAUUUUGCUAUUCAAGAAAUAGAUGGUCAAGCACUAAUGUUACUCAAAGAAGAUCACCUUAUGUCGGCCAUGAGUAUAAAGUUGGGUCCUGCAUUGAAAAUCGUAGCCAGAAUUGAUUCAAUGCGUGUGGAGUCGUCAAAUUCUAAUCCUACAACUAAUAGUUCGUAAAUGUUUAUUGUUUAAGAUUUCUACUCGCAGAAUUUCAAAUUGCAGCCUAUGGGCUACAGGGUUUGUGCAAGUAUUUGAUCGAAUCAUAGAAUUAAGAUUUAAAAUUAUUAAGGUUCAGUACUUUCAAUUCUACACUUAUGAUUUAAAGAUCGAUCUAUGUAAGACUAAGUUCCGUAUUAUUUUGUUGCUGUAUACAAAAUAACAAUAUUAAUAUUUUAAAUUUGGUGUACUAUAUUGUCGACAUAUAUAUACAAAUCCACUUUAAAGGGUAAGUCUUACACUGAUUGAUUUUUAUAAAUGUAAAUAGCAUUCAGUUAUUGUAACUUUUCUUUGAAAUUGAAAUGUAUGUAUAUCUGCUUUGGAAAAUUUUUCUAAAAUAUUGCUGUUUAACUAGUAUGAUCAAGAAACUGAGUACAAAUUAUGUCUAUUACACAAAAAAAAGAUAAAACGUUGUAUAUAAAGUAUCCGGCGUAUGUGCGAUGUAUUUUGUACUCGAAAAUUCCUUUUGGAAGCUGUAUAAAAACUAUUGCCUUCUGUAAGACUUACAAUAAUCUCGAAAAAUAUCUGGCACUCUUAAAACGGUUAAGCUUUGUGAUGAAUAGCAAUUUCCAUACAUAACAAUUUUAAAUUGAGGUACAAAGUAUUUGAAAUAAUGCGAUAACACCUUUGACUAUGUUUUACUUUGUAAAUGUUUCAUGUGCACUCGACUUACAUACGUGUAAAUAUUAAACAAAAUGUUUAUUUAAUAUACAAAUUUUAUAACAUAAAAAUA